GGCAUGACAGUUGCUUCAGGCAACCCUGGGGAGGACAGGGUCGGGGGUAAAAAUCACCGGCGAGGGCCUGAGCUACAAACGGCAUGGAGGGUUACCGCGGCGCGGAGUGCGACAGGGCGUCCGAGACCUCGUCCGUCCUAGAGGAUGAAGAGGAGGAGGAGGAGGAAGAAGAGGAGGAGGAGGAAGAGGAGGAAGAGGAGGCUGUAGAUCCUGAGGAAGCAGAGGAGCUGACUAACAGUUUAAAGGAUCUUAUCCAGAAUGAAGAUGUGAAACCCAAGCUGCAGUACAUCAUGACUAACCCUUCCUUUUCUAUGGUAACAGUUCAAAGUGAAGAUAGUGGAAUAACCUGGGAAACCAGCUCAAGCAGAUGUUCUACUCCCUGGGCCUCAGAAACUAGUACAACUUCUGAUCUUUAUAGUAUGGAAAGUUCACCAGUAGGUUCUCCUCCAGGAAAAGUUAUCUUUAUUAUGAAUGAAGGUAAGAUUAUUCGGAAAAGGAAGCGUAAACCUUCAAAUAGGGCGGUGAUGCCUACAAAUCUCAAGGGAGGCCAGGGCAAUAAAAAACGUGACUUUUCUGGAAUGCAGAAGCAAGAACCAAGAACUGUUCUGGCAGAUGUGCAGGGCUCAGUGUUAAAUGUUGAACAACUGGAAACACAGGAUACAGAUGAGGAAAUGUUAGAAGAUAAGGAAGACCUGGAAAACAUUGCAGAAGAACCUGUAAAACGUGCUCCAAUAAGAUCAAUUUUUAGAGAAAGCAAACUGAGAAAAGUAGGGCCAAUCCUUGGAGGACCAGUAAAAGCUAGAAUCCAGCUGUUCAAUUCAAUUUUUGGAGUAACUGGGCCCUUCCCUGACCUGCUAGAAAAAACUGGAAUCCGGAGGUCUAGUUCAAUUUCAGGAGAGUCUGAACACUUUCUUGAAGCAUCAGUAAAAAAAAGAUUGCAGAAGUUCAGUUCAUUUUCUGAAGGAACACAUCCAAAACCUUUCCAGAAAGCAAGAAGUAGAAAUCUUGAAACACCAUCAGAGAGAAGAAGAGAGCAAAGACGGCAACUCACAUCACAAUCAAAUCAAAGCUAUUCGUCACCGACAGUGCCUCUUGAAAAACGGCUUCUUAAUAGAGAUGAUGUUUCAUCUCAAAAUAUUAAAUCUGUUCAGAUGAAAGAUAAACCUAGCACAUUUUCAAACUCUGGUGCAGAAACAACUCUUCAGCAUGAAGAAAGAAAAGAAAGACAAGCUCUAUUUGAGACUACAAGUCAGGUAUCAGGACAGUCACUGGAGUCCUGCCUUCCUGAAGAAGCAACGAAGCAGCGAAGUUGUGCAUACUCAACGGUGGCCAAAACAGCAAUAACACAGCAGUCAACAUCCAUUCCACUGGAUUCUGGUGAUAAACCAGAGAAACAAGCACCGCUUCUUUCAGCUGAGACUACAAACAAGAAACCAGACCAAUCACUGUGGACUGCACCACGUCUUCUGGAUGAACUGAAGGAGCAGGAAAUUCAGCCCAAUCGAGCACCGCCGUCUGUUCCAGCAGAUUCUACUAAUGAAUUAGAGACAGAAGCUCCCCAAACCGGUUUUCCUAUGUCUACAGCAUCUGUGUCAGAACAUCCUGAGAAAGAAGUACAGAAGUCAGCAAUUCAGUCUUACUUACCUAGUGCUCCAUCAGCUAAAUCCAAAUAUUUCACUCUAUCAGAAACAAGGCAGGAGGCUGUCAUUCCUCAUUCGUCUAAAACUGCACAGUCAGAGCCUGAACAUGUGUUUUUAUCACAUUCUUUAGAUGAAGCAGAGAAGCAAGAAGCUGAGCAUUACUCAUCAGCAACUGCUCAGUCAGAAACUGAGCUUUCAGCUUUACUCUAUUCUGUUAAAAAAAGAGAGAAACAGAAGACCCCAGAACCAGAGCCCCAAAAUAUUCAUUUAGAGAAGCGGAGUAUUCAAACCCAUUCUGUAACUACUCAGCUGGAGUCUGAACAACAAGACUUUUCCCCCUCCAUUCAGGAAGCAGAGGAGCAAGGAACUGAACUAUAUUCACAUAUUCCUGAAAAAAUAGAGUCUAAAUAUUUUGGCAUUUCAUAUCCAGUUCGUAGAGAAACACAGGAAACUCAGAAAUUUUCACCUGUAAAUACAGCAGUAGAUUUGGAUCACUCCAUUAUUUCCAUUGAAAAAAACAAGCAAACAGAGAGUACACAACUGGAAAUGGAACACGCAGAUUUCGUACAUACCAGUGAAGUAACUGAGGAAUCAGAGAGAAUGCAGAUGGAGACAGAGUAUCCAGACUUCUCUUUUUCCAGAGAAGAAACAGAGGAAUUGCAGAGUGCACAGCCAGAGAUGGAGCAUCCAGAUUUCUCAUAUUCCAGGGAGAAAACAGAAGACUUGGCGAGUGCACAGCUAGAGACGGAGCAUCCAGAUUUCUCAUAUUCCAGGGAGAAAACAGAAGACUUGGCGAGUGCACAGCUAGAGACGGAGCAUCCAGAUUUCUCAUAUUCCAGGGAGAAAACAGAAGACUUGGCGAGUGCACAGCUAGAGACGGAGCAUCCAGAUUUCUCAUAUUCCAGGGAGAAAACAGAAGACUUGGCGAGUGCACAGCUAGAGACGGAGCAUCCAGAUUUCUCGCAUUCCAGGGAAGAAAUGAUGGUAUCAGAGAAGAGUGCACAGCUGCACAUGGAGCAUCCAGAUUUCUCAUGUUCCAGGGAAGAAAUGGUGGCAUCAGAGAGUGCACAGCUGCACAUGGAGCAUCCAGAUUUCUCAUGUUCCAGGGAAGAAAUGGUGGCAUCAGAGAGUGCACAGCUGCACAUGGAGCAUCCAGAUUUCUCAUGUUCCAGGGAAGAAAUGGUGGCAUCAGAGAGUGCACAGCUGCACAUGGAGCAUCCAGAUUUCUCAUGUUCCAGGGAAGAAAUGGUGGAAUCAAACAGCGCACAGCCUGAGAAGGAGCAUCCAGCUUUCUCUUAUUCCAGAGAAGAAAUGGUGGAAUCAAACAGCGCACAGCCUGAGAAGGAGCAUCCAGCUUUCUCAUGUUCCAGGGAAGAAAUGGUGGAAUCAGGCAGUACACAGGUGGAAACCAAGCAUAUGGAUUUUUGUUUCUCCAGAGAAGAAACAGGGAAACAGAAAUCUGUUCCUUUUGAAUUGGAGCCUCCAAAGUUCUCUUAUUCUCCCAGAGAAGCGGAGCAACAAGAAAUAGCACAGCUCGUGUUGGAUCCUUCAGAUUUAUCAUGUUCAGUGGAAGAAGCAGAUAAAGAAAACACUGCAGAACUUGAAUUGGUGUAUGUAUCUGAUGUAUCUGAUUCCAUUGGGAGAGCUGGGACACAGCAAACUGAGUACCUUGGAUCAGAACAUUCAGAUUUUCCAUGUCCUGCAAAUAAAAUAAAGCCACAACAAAUGGCACAAGUAGAUUUGGACAAGUCUCAUUUGUCGUAUUUUGGUGUCAAAGUAGAACACCCGCAGUCUGUACAGCAGGAUUCACAGCACAGAGGUAAGCUGUAUUCCCUUGACAAGGCAAUGGAAGGAGGAGCUACUCAACUGCAGUCAGAGCAUGCAGUUUUGUCAUAUUCUCCUGUGAAAGAAAGGCAAUGUAAAACUUCACAGCUGAACUUAGAACAAGCAGCUACAUCAUAUUCCACAGGCAAAACAGAACAACAGGAAAGUUUACAACCAAAGUUAGAACAAGCAGAUUCACCGUAUUCCUGUGGAGAAGUGACACAAGAAGCUGUACAAAAAGAUUUAGAAGGUCGUGAACUGUCACGCUUCAUUAGUGAAGCAGAGCAACAUGAAAAUGUACCGCUAGCUUCGGAAAAUCUUCAUUUCUCAUUUACUACUGUAGAAGCAAUGCAAGAAGGAACGGAGUCAGGAUCUUCAGACUCCUCAUGUCUGACUGACAAAGCAAAGCCCUGGGAAGCGGCAUCAUUAGGGCAGAAGCAUUCGCUUCCCUCCUACUCCCCUUCUGGCAGUCAGCAACGAGAAAGUAUGCCAUUGGAUUUGGCACAGCCAGAUGCCUUGUGCUCCUUUGGCAAAAUGGAACAACAAGAAGUAGUACGACGAGAACUGGAACAACAGCAAACAUCCCAGCAGAAAGCUACAGAAAUGGAACUGGAGCAUUCAGAUUUGUCAGAAACCUGUGGGAAAGCAGAGCCACAGGAAAUGGACCAAAUGGAUUUGGCCCAGUCAGACCACUCAUGUUACUUUGACAAAGAAGGACAGCAAGAAAUGGCUCGACCAGAGUUAGCACAUCUGCCUUCGUCAUAUUCUAGUGGGGAACACGUGCAAGGAGAAGAAAUGGAAAUGGAGCCAGCAUAUCCAGAAUGGGUGUUUUCCACAAGUACAGAAAUGCAGCAGGAAAUUAUAGAACAGAAAUCAAAGCAAGCAGAUUUUUCACGCUCUGCUGGCAAAAUGGAGCAACAAGAAAUAAUACCUCCAGAGCUGGAGCAAACAGUAUUGCCAUCUUCCACAGAAAAAGCAGCACCACAGGAAAUAGAAAUGAGGUCAGAAAAUCCAGAUUUGUCACAUUCCUUUGACAAAGAACAACAACAAGAGACGUUGAAACAUCCUGCUUUACCAUUUAGUUUCAAGCAACAAGAAACUGCACCAUUGGCAAUGGAACAUCCAGAUUUUUCAUGUGACAUUGGAGAAACAAAACCAGGAGAUACUGUACAGCGAGGACAUCCAGAGCUGUCAUAUUCCAUAGGAAAAGCACAACAAGAAUCAGAAUACAUAUGUCCAUUAGAAACCCUGAGUGAGGCAGCACAAGUUGAAACUAAACAAGUGGAAUCUGAAUAUCCAAAUUUGUCAUGUUCUGUUGGUCAAAAAGACCAGCAAGAAACUUCACAGUUGGAUUCCAAAUAUCCAGAUUUAUCAUGUUUCUUGGGUGGUGCCAAAGAAGAAGCAACUCUGGAGUCUGAGUCAAAACAUGAGGACUUGCCUGAAGUGACCAGAAAAAGCGCUCCACCAGCAACUGCAAAAAUAGAAUCAAAACAACUGGAUUUGGCAUAUUCCGUUGGCAAAGCAGAGGAGCCAGAAAUUGCAGCAUGGGAAAUGAAACACCCUGAUUUGUCACAUUCCACUGAUGAAACAAACCAACAAGAAAUAAUACCAUUGGAUCAGAAACAUAGCAAAUUUUCUAUUGAUAAAGGAAAGCAGCAGGAAACCACAAAACAGCAGUUAGAGCAAGCAAAGUUUUCGUAUUCUGCUGGUAAAACAGAGCAAUUAAAACAUGCCCAACAGGACUUGGAACAAACCCAUUUAUCACUUCCCAUUGACAAGCCAGACUACGAAAUGGCCCGGCGAGAAAUGGAACACGAUGUGAUGUAUCCUCUUGACAAAACAGAGGUGCAACAAGGAGUACAACUAGAAUUACAGCAAACAGGUUUAACUUACUCCUUUGGAAAAAGAGAACAGAAAAUAGUACAAUCAGGAACAGAACAUCCUGUUUUGGCACAUUCUGUGGGUAUAGUAGAACAAGAGGGCAUAGCACAACCAGAGCUAGGACAUCCUGAUUUGUCUUAUUCUACUUUUGAAACAGGAGAACUGCAAACUGCACAGCUGAAACCCAAACACCCACAUCUAGCAUAUUAUACUGACAAAGCGCAGGAGAACGCACAGCUGAGGGUGGCACAACCAGAUGCAUCAUAUGCCCAUGACAAAAUAGAACGACACCCACUUGCACAACCGGAGCUGGACCACACAGACUUGUCAUCCUCCACUGACAAAGCAGGACAGCCAGGGAUGGCACACGCAGCCUUGGGACGUCCUGAUGCAAGAUAUUCUGUCAGUAGAGCAGAGCAUCCACAAGCUGCAGAACUAGGAGGUCCAGAUGUUUCAUCUCAUAGUGAAAAAGCAGAGCAAAAAGGAAUGUCAAAACUGGAGUUGGAACUUCCUGAUUUGUCAUAUUCCAUUGAUAAAACACAGCCACAAGAAACUGCACAACUGGGGUUAGGAAAACCAGAUCUAUCAUCUUUGCCUGGCAAAACAGAGCAACCGCAGACUGUUCAAGAGGAACUGGAGCAGUUAGGCUUUGUGCAUUCUUUCAACAAAGCCGGACAACGAGAGAAAGCCCAGACAGAACUGGAACAUCAACAGGUAUCUUAUUCUGUUUGUGAAGCAGAACAAGAAACUGCACAUGAGAAAUCAAACCGUUCGGAUUUAUCAUAUGCUGUUGGCAGAUUAGAACACCAUGAAAUCAUACAAACAGAGGCAGAACAAAUGGAUUUAUCAUGGCCGGUUGGUGGAACACAGCAACCACAAAUUGCUCAGCUGGAUUUGGAGUAUCCAGACUUAUCAUAUUUCAUUGGCACAGUAGAGCAACAGGAAAAAGUUCAACCAGAGCUGGAACAGCCAGGUGAUUUUUCAUCAUCUCGUGGCAUAGAAAAGCAAAGGGAAAGUGCAAGAAUGCAGACAGAACACCCUGAGCUGCAGCACUUUGUUGGGGAAACAGAAGGAUUGCAAACUUCACAAGUAAAAUCUGAAUACGCAGACUUGUCAUUUUCUGCUGACACAGCAGGACCUCAUGAAAUGGCACAAUCAGAGUUGAAAGAAUAUGAUUUGUUGCGUUCUUUUGUCAAAGCAAAGAGAUCACAGGCUGCCCCACUGGAGUCUGAAUAUCCAGAUGUCUCAAAUUCCUUAGGCAAAGUAGAGCAUCCUGAUUUGUCCUCUACUAUUAGUAAAGAAAAGCAAACUGCACAACUGGAGUUCAAACAAGAGAGGGUAGAUUACAAACUACAGCCAGAGCAUGACAAAGCAGAGCAGCCAAGAAGUGCCCAAAUGGAAGUGGAAUUCCAGGAAUUCUUCUAUGCCUCCGGCAGAAAAGAGCAACAAGAAAUGGCAAAACAGGUGUUGGAGCAUCCUGAUUUAUCAUAUUCCACUGAUAAAACACAGCAAGAAGAAACUACACAACUGGAGUUAGAACAACCAGAUUUAUCACCUUGCCUUGGCAAAACAGAGCAACUACAAGCUGCUCAAGUGGAAGCAGAACAUCUGGACUUGCAACAUUUCACUAGGAAAACAAAACAGCAAGGAGUAGCACAGUCAGAGUUUGAACAUACUGGUUUGCUAUAUUCCGUUGGCAAAAGAGAGCAGCCGCAGACUCCACAGCUGAAAUCAGAACAGCUUGUAACACCACAUCCCAUUGAAGAAACAGAGCAACAAGGAAUGGCACAUGCAGAGUGGGAACUUCCUGAUUUAUCCUAUUCCAUUAGCAAAGCACAGCCACAAGAAACUGCACAACUGGAAUUAGGACAACCAGAUUUAUCCUAUGCUCUUGCUAAGACAGAUGAAAUACAAACUGUGCAAGGGGAAUUGGAACGAACAGGUUCAUUGUAUUCUUCUGACAAAACAGAACAAGAAAGGGUAUUACCAGAGUUGGGACAUCCACAGCUAUCUUAUUCUGUUAGUGAAGUAGAACAGGAAGCUGCCCAUCAGAAAUCAAACCGUCAAGAUUUGUCAUAUUCUAUUGGCAGAUUACAGCACCGUGAAAUCGUACAACCAGAGGUGGAAGAAAUUGAUUUAUCAUAUCCAGCUAGUGAAUCAGAGCAUUCACAACCUGCCCAAGUAGUACUGGAACAGCCAGAGUUUUCAGAGGCUUUUGGCAACCUAGAGGAAAAGAAAAUGGCCCGGCCUGGUUUUUUGCAUUCCCUUGGUGAAGAAAAGCAGAAACAGGCGUCGCAGGUGGACUUGCAGCAACCAGUUCUAUCACGUCCCCUUGGCAAAGCAGAACAGCAGGAAACUGCACAAACAGUGUUCAUGCAUUCUGAUGUUUCAUAUUCCAUUGGGAAAGCAGAGCAAUUGCAGACUGAACGACUGAUAUCAAAAUGCCCAGAUUUGUCUUAUUCUCUUGACAAAGCAGAGACUCAUGGAAAGAAACAACCAGAGUUAUUGUAUUCCUGUGGUGAAACAGAGCAGCCACAGACUGCUCAGCUGGAGUUGGAGCAUACAGAGAUGUCAUUCUUUGCAGGAGAAUGCGAAUGUGUUAAUUUGCAGUACUCUGUUAGCGAAACAGAGCAACCAGAAACUCCUUCUGUAUCAUAUGCCUUCAGCAGAACUGAGGAGCAGGAAACUGCGCAACCGGGGCUGGAACGAUCAGAUUUAUCAAGUUCUGCUGACAAAGCAGAACAGUGUGAAACUGCCCCACCGAGAGCAGGACAUUCAGAGAAGCGAGACUCUGAGACCACCUCAUCUCUAACUACUCAGUUGGAAACUGAACAAGAUUUAUCCUUUUCUGCUGAGGAAGCAGAGAGUCCAAAGAUUCAACUUUAUUCAUCCCUUCCUGAACAAUCAGUGUCUCUACCUUUAGGUGUUUCACAUUCUGUUUCCGAAACAAAAAUGGGAGGAAGUCAGAAGUCUUCACCUGUAACUGCCGGUCUGUCCCCUGAGCGCUCAGAUUUAUCUUAUACCUACUGUAAAACACAGCAGUCAGAAAUGGUACAACCUGAGUCAGGUUUCUUUUUUGAAAAGAAUACAAAAAUUGAUCUACAUUCACCUGUGGCUGCACAGUCAGAGACUGAACAUGCAAUUUUACCUGAAACAGGGAGAGAGCAAACUCCACACUACUUUCACACAACCACGCAGUUAGAAUCUGAACAAUUAAAUCCGUCAUAUUCUACAGAUAAAGCAGAAGCCCUAGAAAGUCAAGAUUAUUUAACUGUACCUUCAAAACUGGAGUCUGAACCCUCAGUUCCAUUUUAUUCAGUUGAUGAAAUAUAUCAGCAAGAAAUUCCACCUUAUUCAAAACCCGCCUCUGAAUAUUUGGUUCCUACAUGCUCCCUUGCUGAAGAAGAAAAGCAAAGCAUGCAGCCAUUUAUUCCGCAAACAGUGCAAUCAGAGUGUAAACAUAUAAUUACACAACAUGAUGAAAGAGAACUGCAACAAAUUCAGCUAUAUUCAUCUAAAACAACAAGAUCAAAGACUGCACAGUCAGAGAGUAUGUCUCUUAUGCGCACAACGGACCAAGGCAAGCAAAGAUCUCUAGAUCAUUCAUUGGACACAGAAUAUUUGUCAUCCGAGCAGCUAAGAAUUCCCCCCACAUUCACUGCUGAGCAGGAUGAGCAAGAAAUGCAACCCGAUGUGCAGCAAGUGACAAGGUUGGUGACUGCAGAGUCGAAGGUGGCUGCUGUAGCAGACCAAAAAGCAGUGUCGUCAGAUUCAUUUGUACCUUUUCCUACGUUGCCUGAAAAGUCGGUAUCACUGGCUUGCACUGAUGAUGAGAAGAAACAAAAUAUUCCAUCAUCUUUAUCAGACAUAGUAGGCAUGCUUGGAAAGCAGCCAGACGUUGUUUCAGGCAGUUAUAAUGAAGAAAAGGAUAGACAUGAAAUGCAACCUUAUUUUACAGAGCAAAAAUACACAUCCUCAGAGCAAUUGGGAGCUGUUUCAUCAGAUCUUAUUUAUGAAACUGUGACACACACAACUCAGCGUUAUUCUGGUGAAGGGAGCAGCCUUUCUUCAGCAGAAUCGAAAUCCAUUUGCUGCAUUUCUUCUGAUGAAAAGCAGAAUCCAGAUAUUCCAUCUUCUUCUUUUGGACUAGCUAGCUGGCUGGCAGAAGAGGUGAAAGCUCGCUCAAUUAGUCCAAUAACAACUACAGAAGCAGACAAGCAAGGAAUUCAGCUUUCUCCAAAUAAUGCAUCUGAUUUUGGAUCAAAACAAUUCCCACCUGGAAGCUGCAAGGAACUUACAGUUCAUGGUACUAUGAAGAAUAAACCAGGUACAUCUAGAGUUUCUGAGGUAGUGUCAAGUGAAAUUUCUCAGAGAUUGUCCUCAGAAACUAGUCACAGAAUUCAAAGGCAUGAUUUACAGUCUCUGGGAAGAGAUAAUCCAGGUCCAGAAAAAGUUCCAAAGAAUGAAACUAGCACUGGAAAUCCUACAAAAAUGGAAGCAGUGCAGCAUCCAGAUGUAGACAAAGUAUGUAAAGUGUCUGAACAUCACCUGAGAAAAGAGGAAGAAACAGAGCAUAUGAGAGCUGUAGAAGAUAGUCAACAUGCUCCAGAACCUACUGAACAAAAAGACCUAUUUAAUAUAAUUUCAGAAGGUUAUGAAAUCCUGAAUAUUCAUGCUCCUACACAUAUUUCUUCUGUUGAUCAAGAAGAAAGUAAGCACAUGCCAGAUAAACUAGAAUACUUGGAAACAAAUCCUUCAUUUAAGAGAAAAUUAGCAGAUGAUGGCCAUACAGCCUUAGCUUCUGGAACAACCAUUGAAACUUCAGAAAGCUCAGUGCUGGAACAGCCUGUAAGUAAAAAUCAUGAACUAAAAGAAUUGGUCAAAGAUGAUGAUGCUGAGGAAACUGGAGAAACAGAAAAGUCCGUGUUGCCAAAAAAUAAUAAUGACACAGUGUUGGACACUAAUAAUGGCAUGGCUGAUAUGGAUUAUUUUGAAAAAUAUACUUUGAUUGAUGACAAAUCCCUGAUUAAGCCAACUUUUGAAAGACCAAGUACAUUGGUUUCUGUGACAGAAAAUCCUAAGGAACCUGUGGAAGAAGCCAUAUCUCUUAAAGAAAGCUCUGAGGUAAAUACUUUGGAAGAGGAAUUUUCCUUACUUGAGGAUCUGGAUGAAGUCUUUUAUGGUACCGUCAAAGGAGAAAGCAUGGAAUCCUAUGCAAGUGUUUCAAAACCUUUACUGCUACAAAAAUCAGUUGACGUGAGCAGUAAAAAAGUUAUGACUGCAGAAGAUGAACGGAAGUCACCAGGGACCCCACUGUUUGAUUCAGAAGAAGGAGUGUUAGAGCGAUCUCUACUGUUUCCUACCACUGUUGCUGCAAUUAAUCCAGAGCUUCUAGAGGAGCCACCUGCUCUGGCAUUUUUAUACAAGGACCUCUAUGCAGAAGCAGUGGGAGAAAAGACAAAGGAGGAGACUCCUUCUGAUGAGGAAAGUGGUAAUUCUAACGCAUCAUUUCCUAGUAGAAAUUCAGACACAGAUGAUGGAACUGGAAUAUAUUUUGAAAAAUACAUUCUUAAAGAUGAAAUUCCUGGUAAGGCCAUAGGCCAUCCUCAAAAGGAUCAGAUACAAGAGGAUCAGCCUGUUAGUGGAGCUUUUUCAAUUCAGAGCUCAGGGGACAAACACAAGCAGUGGUUUAGUGAUGUGUCAGGUGUCAGAACUGAGGUUCUGCCAGAAAGGGGAGUUGUGGAGAGAGAGAAAGUCCGGGUCGACAGUAACAUUAAAGCAACAAUUUGUAAACCAACGCAUGCCAUUCCUUUUGGAAGCAAAGUAAAUCUUCCAGGUGCAAGAAGUGCUACCAGUGAACAAAGAGAAGAAGAAAACAUACCUGUAGAAACAACUGAAGAAUUACCAGAGCAAACAAGUCACCAGGAGCAUAGGCAAAGAAUGGAUUAUCAGGGAGCUGCACAUCAAGAAGCAGCCAAUGAGCAGGAGGAACGACAUGAAAUAGUGGCAGUUCAUCAAAUGGAAAAAUAUAUCCCAUAUAUCAGGACACCGGUUGAAGACAGUGAAGAUGAUCAAUAUGCCCAGGCAAAUCUUUCAAGUGUCCCAACCAUUCAGCCAACAGAGAAGCCAGACUUGCAGAGAGAGGAGCAGCGCCGUGAUAUUUGUGAAGAUCUUGCUGAGGCAAUGGACUACGAUGUGAUUACGCAAGAAGAACUUCUACAAGAUGAAAUGUCCUCUGAACUGACACAUGAGGAGCUACUAUUUGAAGAUAAGGACUCUCUUGAGCAUAUUGGUGACAGUUACGAAUUUGUAGAUGAGCCAGAGCAAAGAACACCUGUUGAACUUGAAGAUUCAGGUUUUGUUGUGAUGUAUCCUGAAAAAUCAUCAACAAAGAUACCUCAGGUUGAGAGUCCACAAAGAGAACUGAAGAAAGCGCAAGUAGAUACAUAUUGUUACCACUGCAAGUGCCCGAUAUCUGCUAUUGAUAAGCUUUUUGGGGAGCAUAAGGACCAUGAAGUCACAACACUGGAUGCUGCUGUAACCAAGAUGAAGGAUCAAUUAGGUGAAUUGCUACUAGCAUUGGAAGAAAAGUCAAUGAAGAUUGAAGGGUUUGUGAGUGAAAUUGAAUCCCUAUUUAACUCUGUUGAGGAAAACUGCAAGAAAAAUGCAGAGUUACUGGAAAAGCAGAACGAAGAGAUGAUUAAGAAAGUGGUAGCACAAUAUGAUGAGAAAUCAGAGAACUUUGAGGAAGUGAAGAAGAUGAAAAUAGAAUACCUGUAUGAGCAGAUGGUUAACUUUCAACAAACUGUUGAUUCAGCAAAGGAAACCUUGGAGACAACGGUAAAGGAAAUGGAAGAACUUGAUGGAUUUGUUUUCCUAAAUUCAUCUAAAGAAUUGAAUAAAAGAUUACUUUCCGCAAUGAAUACUACUCUCUCUUUAGAAAAAGUGCCCAGUGCAUUUUCACUUUUUGAACACUAUGCAGACAGUCCAGGAAAAAGCAACCAGCACUCCUUAAAACACGCGGCCGUUCCACAGACACCAACUCUGAUAGCUCAGGAACCAAACUCAGCUACAAGUACUUCCAUCGCAGUCUACUGGACCGUGAACGAAGGGGAUGCCAUUGACUGCUUCCAGGUCUAUUGUAUGGAGGAACCUCAAGCUAACAAAGACCAAAGUGCUUUGGUGGAAGAAUACAGAGUGACGGUGAAGGAGAGCCACUGCAUUUUGGAGGACCUGGAGCCAGAUCACUGUUACAGUGUGUGGGUAAUGGCUGUGAAUUGCACAGGAUGUAGCUUACCCAGUGAAAAAGCCAUUUUUAAAACAGCGCCCGCGGCCCCUGCGAUAAGGGCAGAGGACUGCACCGUGUGCUGGGACACGGCCACCAUCCGCUGGCGUGCCGGCUCGCAGGCGCCGGAGUCCUUCACUCUGGAGUACUGCCGACAGUAUUCGCCCGAAGGAGAGGGCCUCAGAUCUUUUGCUGGAAUAAAGAGGCCUGAACUGAAAGUAUCCCUGGAGCCUAACGUGAACUAUUUCUUCUACUUGAGGGCUGUCAACGCAUUUGGGGCAAGUGAACAGAGUGAAGCUGCUCUCAUCUCAACUAAAGGAACUAGAUUUCAUGUACUGAGUGACACAGCUCAUCCCGCUUUGCAAAUCUCCUCCGAUGGCACCGUGAUAUGCCUUCCCGAGAAAGCUCGAUUCACCGGAUUUCCUUCAGUCCUGGGAGAACUGCUACCUGCUCGGGGCCGUCAUUACUGGGAAACGGUUGUCUCUGCCUGCAGAAGCUACAGGAUUGGAAUUUGCUAUGAGGCUACAUCACAGAGCAAUAUCCUGGGGCUGAAUGAUACUUCUUGGUGCAUGCGCUGCUGUCCUACACAAACUAGUUUUCUUUACAGAUUUCUUCACACCAGUGUAAUGAGCAAUGUCCGGGUGACAGAACACCCAGCCAGGAUCGGCAUCCUGUUGGAUUACAGCAGUGGCAGACUGUUAUUCUUCAAUGCAGAGAGAGGACUGGUGUUGUUCACCAUCAGGCACAAAUUUACGGAUGCUGCUCACCCGGCCUUUGCUCUGGAGAAGGCUGGAGUACUUAGCCUGCGCACAGGAAUGGAGCUGCCCGAGUUUGUGAAGCACAGCUAAUCCCGUGCUUCAGACUCUCAGCAAAACUGACAGUCGCAGUAUUAGGGGCAGGGAGGAGAAGAGGGUGUCAGGGAGGGGUGUCUAGUUUUCACUAAUGAGUGCUAUGCGCACAGCUCCCCCAAUAACGUCAGUAAUUGUAGUUAGUGCCCAGCCACAUAAUCACCCUGCGCCUGGAGAGAAAAUCAACUCCUUCGGAUGGAGUGCGCACCUCAUGAUAUACACAGAAAUACUUAUGAAGAAAAAAAGGUUUGUUAGAUAUGAGCAUUAAGAUGGGGGGAAAUGUACUUUCCCUGUGAAAAAAAUGACAGCACUAGCUGUCUUUUUUAAAUUGAUGAUGAGCCUGUGUAUGAAAUAAACGCAUCUCUCACAGCAAUACAUGACUUUUUUUGUUAGCAAAUGCCUUCGCUUCAUCAUUUGCCAGGACAGUCGGAGCCCAAAUCCAAGAUGGUGUGUUUGAAAAACGUCCAGAAAUUUUUACACCUGAAACAUCCUGCAGGAGAAGAUAUCUUCUGUUAUUAUUUGCCAACUCUUUUCUUUAAAUACUCAAAUCAAGAAAACUCGGAAACUUAGAAAUCUGUAUUUUUGCAAAAUGAACGAGGCCCAGACUAGUCUUGAUAUCAGUCAUGCAAAAUUUCAGUAUACACCACCUGCCUGCCGUGUUCGCACUGGACUCACAGGCUGGGUGUCUCAGGAAAUAUCUGCACCUGCAAACAGGUGCUCAUGAAGAACUCUUAGGAGGGAACUUGACAGUAGUGUUAAAAGUCAUCCCUUAUGUUUUUAAUCCUCAAAUUGCUGGGUAGGCAGUUUCAAUGAUGAAAGGAAAGUUGUCGCCUGGGACCUUAGAGAACAGUCAAAAAUUGUCAUCUACCUUCUCACCUUCUUGUGGAUAACCACUUUUCCCUCACUGCUUUUAUCUUUGAACUUACGGAUUUGAUGCUCCUAAUUUCAGGCUUAUGGCUAUUUUUCUCCAUCUGCCCUGUUCUGUCCCAUCGUCUACGCUAGCAUCAGGAUCGUCUGAGCAAGGUGCAGCGUUUCAGGGCCAUUGAAGUAGGAAGGCUAAACAUGAGUCCUGCCAGCAGAGGAAUAGGAUGCUGAUUUUCCCCUUGGCUUGUUCUAACAGUGGAACUGUAUUUCGAAGUGGUGGUACAGCUCUCUGCUCUCCUGCCCCAGGGGCUGAGCUCACGUGUGCCAGGGGUGACAAGGAACGCCAGUGAAUGCUGGGGGAAAAUUAAUCUGAAGGAGGAUGCGCAAUGUUUUUCACGCUGUGCCUGCUCUGGCAGUUUCCGCCGAAGGGGAUUGCUCUGCCAGGCUCGUUGCUGAGCUCAGCUGAAGAGCUGUACUCCUUGAAGAAUUUCAGGCGUCUAAGGGAGAGGGUUUGCUUCUGAACAGAGAACUUAAAUGUGUUACAAUUAGGGCUUCUGCUUUUUAUGCUCAGAGGAGGUGCCUACUGCUGCUGUUUUAUUUAUGAUUUAAUACCAUCUAGCCGUGUGCUUGCUGCUUUAGCCUGCUGUGUAAGGCAUGCUCUGAGUCCCAGAGGAGCAACGCUCUUUACGUGUUGCAGCAGGCUAGGACAGGAUGGCAGAGGCAAGAUAAACAAGAUCCUGUGACCAUUUAUUUUAAGCAAGAGCUCUUUUUGGCAUUUCAAUUAGAGUGCCAUUUCUGUGACUCUGCUGGGGAGAGACAGGAACAAAAAAGCAGGGUAGCACCCUAUUGGCUCAAGAAAGCAUUUUGUAGAGGUGUGGAGGCUGGUGAGAAAAAGGUCCAAGAUUAAUUGAAAAAGAAAGACAGAAAGGGUACUGGGGGUAGUGUUAUCUUGAAGGCUGCGGAGGAGGAGGCAGCAGGCAGGCUGGAAACUCGCACGGAGCAGAUGGUGCUCGAUGGCGAGGCAGGUCAGCGGUGUCAGCAGUGCCUGUUCCUCAGGGUCCAUCCGCCAGGCAGCUCGCGCGAGGUUUGGUGCCUGGAGAGAGUAAUGCGCACCUUUAAGCUAAGCCUGAAAAUCCCAGCUUUGGGGAGAGUUUAUCUGCAUUCUCCUCACCCUGAUCACUGCUAUCCACACGUGGGAUUGGUUCGCCAGCAUGGAUGUCAUGUAUUGCCAAGGGGACAGCUAGUGCUAAGGAGAGUACAAAUGACAUGAAAUUAUUUGGGUGUCUUUUUCAUUUACGGCAAGAAGCAAUUGCCUUGUCCAAGGCAAUUGAAUGUUAGUAAAUAGCUGUUUUAACCUGAAAAGCUAAAGCCUUAUCUAUAGUAAUGCAUUAUUAUUAUACUCAGGUACUGCUGCAACAUUUGAGCUAGGCAAAAUGUUUUUUUUUUGGAAAUGCACCCAUUCUUAGAAAUAUUUGAGUGUAUUUUGAAGAACUCCCUGAUGUUUUCUUGCCAAUUUUUGUUUAAAGUUCAGCUUUUGGAUUGGGCAGCAUCAAAAAGUGUAUUUGCUGUUUAUGUGAAAGUUGGAUAAACUAUUUCGAGUCAAUCACAGCAGCCUUAAUAGUGCCAAUUUGAAUGUCAAAAUCUGGUCUGCGUUAAGUCACACUGAAUGAAGAAAUGUCUAGAGAGACGAUCCUGGUUUGGACAGAUGGAACAAAAUGCACACUAAACAAAAAGCUUUAUACGAGACUUACUAGUUCUGGCAUAGAGAGAAAAUUCUGUUAGUGAGGAAAGCAGAUCCUGAAGGCCACAGUUAAGCUGCUAGGCCUUAUUAUAUAUGGUGCAAAUUCUCUUGCCCUUGGAAAGUCUAGAGGUGCAUCUGCCGUGAUCUUUUAUUUGCGUGAUGGGUGCAAAGUGGAAUCAAAUUCUGGAAUUCCAGAAGUUCCAGACUGUAACUUCAUGUGGCUUUGAAAGUACGGUGCAGUCAGUCUGGCUUUCCAUUCUGAUGAACCGAUAUUUUUGAGGCUUGUUGCAUCCAUUUUUCUGGACAUCGUCGUUUGUAACCAUACACUAGAAAAGAGAGAGAAAGGACAGAAAACUCCCGCUAUUGCGUUUCGCUUGUGCUUGAUGGUUUUAGCAUUUAGAAAUACAUUAAAAACAGUGUGAAUUAUUUUUCAGCAAAGGAUGUUAAUUUGGUUGAUAGUAACUAAGACUUUGUACAAGUGCUAACAGGGUUACACAGCGUAUGCACAUAGUCUGACCAUCAUUCCAUGCUUAUAGUUACACAGGUACAUUUUAAGAGUUAGACAAAAACAGUAAAAGAGUUCAGGAUUCAGCAACACUUGUGAGGGUGUAUUGCUGUUCUGAAGGUAUAAAAAUUUAUGCCCAACACUGUAAGUACUGUUAAUAAAUAUUUGGACUGAUCUGAAACGCAUUGCAUUAGAAGGAAAGAUUUCUUUUCACUUCAGUGGGUUUUAGAUUAGGCUCAUAAACCCUUGUGCACUGAAAUGAGAAUGCAGGCCUGACUGUAAGAGAGAAACAUUAAUUUCUACUGUCAAAGCAGUGCUGAACUGGAGUACUGCUAGUGUCGGAAGUAUUGAUCCACAAAUCUCCCUUUGGUCUUUCUGCUCCAGAAAGAUUUGAUGCUUCUGUUUAACGUCGAGCUGAGGAACUUGGCCACGUGUCUGCAUACCAGGGAGCGUGCCAGGCAUGUGCAUAAAGGGAUGAUGGUUUUGCUCUUCUGCUAGCCCUUUUUAAACAGGGCAACAUCACUGAAAUUUGUGUUUGUACUGAAGAUGA